AACCAACACAACACCCACCAUGUCAAAGCCAGACGCUGCACCGCCGCCGCUGUCGCGCAAGCUCAAGCCCGCGCCGUCGAAGGCGCGGCAGGUCGCCCGGCGCGCAUUCUACACUGCGAUCCGGCCCAUCUCGCUCCUCCUCCACCAGGUCCACGCGCUCAUGACCACCUUUCUGCUGGCCGUGAUCGCGCUCGGCCCGAUGCCGCGGCACAUCGGCUUCGUGAUGGAUGGGAAUCGGCGGUAUGCCAGGAGCCAGGGGCAGCGGAUCGCGAAGGGGCACCAGCGGGGGAGUGAGAGCUUGAAGCGGACCCUCACCAUCUGCCUGCGCCUCCAGAUCCCCGUCAUCUCAGUAUACGCGUUCGCGAUCGACAACUUCAACCGCAGCCAGGAGGAGAUUGACGCGUUGAUGGAGCUGGUGUGGGUGGAGCUGAAGGAGUUGAGUCGGGAGGGCGGCUUCCUCGACCGCCACGGCGUCCGCCUGCGGUGUAUCGGCCGCCUGGACCUCCUCAAGCCCGACAUGCAGGCGGCCCUGCGCGAGAUGGAGGCGGAUACGGCGGCGAAUAAGCGCGGCGUGCUCAACGUGUGUGGGCCAUAUGGGAGCCGGGACGAGAUGACCGCGGCGGUGCGGGACACGGUGGCCGCGGUGGCGGAGGGCACGCAAUCGCCAGAAAAAAUCACAUCCCAAACCGUCUUCUCGCGCCUCCAGACCGUCGCAUCAGCAGCGACAGUAGACAACGGGCACGGCCCGCUCGACAUCUUCAUCCGCACCUCUGGCGUCAAGCGGCUGUCCGACUUCAUGAUGUGGCAGGCCGACGAGGACACGCAGAUCCACUUUGUCAAGACGUACUGGCCUGAUUUCGGGCUGACCGACCUGCUGCCGAUCCUGCUCGGGUGGCAGCAGAAGGUGUGGCUCGGCCGCCGCGAACGCGCGCGCGUAGCGCGGGCGUGAGUGAGUGAGUGGGCCAGCGAGCCGCUGCCGUGGGGCGGGGCACUACUAGACUGUAUUAUAUGUACGAGGGGUGUAUGCAUGAGGUGUGGCAUUGCCAUGAAUGACUGGGCUACUCGACGUCUUAUCUAAUCUCUAAUCACACGACCCGUCCUCCGGGCCGCUCUUCCACCGCUGAUCCAAGCUACCCCACUCGCAGCUGAACGCCUUCUUGCCAAGCUUGACAUUGACCUCGUUGUGCCGCUCGCACAGCCACCUGCUCAGGCUCUCCCUGCUCGAGACCACGGGCGGGGCGGCAGCGAUCGCGCGGCCAAAGUCGUCGGCGCACCACCCGCACGGGUACAGUGCUGGCAGGCUCUGCAGCAGCGAGCGCAUGUGGUUCUGCUGUGUCGCGCUCGGGUUGGUCGGGUAGUACGCUGCCGUCGUGUGCAGGAAGGCCCAGGUCGCGCGCCCUAGUUCUGCCGUGUCGGGCGGACAGUUGGUCCUGUCGGGCGUCCGCGUGCUGCUUGAGCCCACCGCCGCCGCGGCCACAGUCGUAGCACCAGCACCAGUCGCGGCGGUCGCCGCUGGCGCGGCUCCCGCGGCGGCCUUCUUCUUCACCUUCAUCUUGCCGAAAUCCUGCCAUGUGUUGCACACCUUGCACACCUUGCCGUUCUCGUCGAGGAUGAGGCCUGGAGGGAGGUGCGGGUGUGUUUCCUUGGUGGUGCGCUUGGGCUCGGUGCCGGCGGCUGUGGAGGGGGCGGCCAUGGUGGUGGUGGUGAUGCUGCUGCCUUGGUCGGGGUGGGUAGGUGGGUGCUGUCAGGCCGGCUGAGUGUGAGGAUAUUGUAGUUACACG